AUGGAAGAAUCCCAGAAACUCAUGGAAGCAGAUGAUGAUGAUCUCUUUGACGAAGGAUCAAAACAAGAAGAUCUGAUCAAAGAUGCUUCCCCGUCUCCACAGAGAUUUGCAACAUUUGGUGAAAGCCUGGCCGCAAUUCAAUUCGGGUCAGUACCUAUAAACUAUCAGUGUAAUAUGAUCUUAGUUCUGCCAAAGCAGUUCAAGGCAAAACCAAAUCAGCCUAUGAACUUGGCAGGUGAUGUUGAGGAUACCACCCAAUCGAUUGUGGAAAUAAUGGAUAAAGAGAAACAUUCUCAGUCACAGCCCAUUAACGUUGAGACGGAUGAACAUGGAAACAGUAUCGUAGUUCUUAGAACACCUGAUGAUGCCUCAAUAAGGCAUUUGAAACCAUUAUACAUCAAACUUCAUAUGAAUGGCCAACCUAUCUCAAAAGUGUUGGUCGACAAUGGGGCAGUAGUCAAUAUUUUACUAUCUAGAAUGCUGAAAGUCCUGAACAAAACCAAUGACGAUUUGAUCCCAACAGAAGUUACAGUUGGCAACUUCGCCGGAGGAUGUUCUCCUGCUAAUGGGGUCAUAUCUUUGCAAUUACAAGUUGGGACUAGGAGGAUGAAUGCAACGAUUUUGGCUUUGAUCUUUCUGAAGCAGGAAGAGGCAGCAGGAAUGGAGGUCUUUUGGGCAGACCGACAUCCAUUCAAAGCAGAGACCAACAAUAUCGAGGCGGAUCUCUACAACGAACAUUUGUGGCCAACAAGAAUAGAAGACUCAGAAGUCAGAUCUAAUCAAGUUGGGGUAACUGAGAGAAGUGAAGAGUUGGCUACUGUUAAAGCCACUUUUAAGAGCCCACUAAACAUGAAAGAGUUAGGUUUAGCAGACUUGAAACCAGCACCGGCUAAGCUGGAUGAUGAUAGGGCCCAGGUUAAAGAUCCCACGGAAGAAGUAAACUUAGGAACUCCAGCAGAUCCUAAGAUCACAUAUGCACCUAGGAGAAUGAAAGAUGACUUUCUUCCUCAAGUCAAAAAAGAAAUGGAACGUUUAUUCGAGGCAAAGUUCAUUCGACCGGUCAAAUAUGCUGAAUGGGUCUCAAAUGUUGUCCCAGUAUUAAAAAAGAAAGGGAAAGUUAGAGUUUGUGUUGAUUUCAGAGAUCUUAAUACAGCAUCACCAAAGGAUGAAUAUCCAAUGCCUGUUGCUGACUUGCUAGUCGAUGCAACGGUAGGGUACCAAAUGCUGUCCUUCAUGGACGGUAAUGCUGGUUACAAUCAAGUAUAUAUAGCAGAAGAAGAUACACAUAAAACAGCAUUUAGAUGUCCUGGAUACAUAGGAACGUUCGAAUGGGUGGUUAUGGCUUUCGGAUUAAAAAACGCAGGAGCAACCUAUCAAAGAGUAAUGAAUUUGAGUUUUCAUGAUUUUCUACAUAAAUUCUUGGAAGUUUAUAUAGAUGACGUUGUUGUGAAGUCAAAUUCAAUUGAUGAGCAUUUGCAUCAUCUUGAACAGACUCUAGAAAGGAUGAGGCGUUACAAUUUAAAAAUGAAUCCCUUAAAAUGUGCAUUUGGUGUUACAGCAGGAAACUUUUUGGGAUUCUUGGUGCAUCAAAAAGGGAUCGAGAUUGAUAAAACCAAAGCUGAUGCUAUCUUGAAAGCACAAGCCCCAACCAAUAAAGAAGAGCUCCAACAGUUCUUGGGAAAGAUUAAUUUCCUUCUAAGAUUUAUUGCCAAUCUAUCUGGGAAAACAAUGGCUUUCUCCCCAUUGUUAAAAUUGAAGUCAGAAAAGGAUUUCAAAUGGGAACAAGAGCAUCAAAAAGCUUUUGACAUUUUAAAACAAUCAUUGGUAACGCCUCCUGUUCUGAUGCCUCCAAUAAAUGGAAAGCCACUGAAGCUAUACAUAUCAGCGACACACCAUUCGAUUGCAAGUCUGUUAGCUCAGGAUAAUGAACAAGGCCGAGAGCAAUCGAUUUACUACCUAAGCAGAAGGUUAAAUGAUUGUGAGGGCAGAUAUUCAUGUGUUGAAAAGAUUUGUUUAGCAUUAUAUUUUUCAGCAAUCAAAUUGAGGCAUUACCUCUUGCCAGCUAGGGCAGUGAAAAGACAAGCUUUGGCCGAUUUCCUAUCUGAGCAUCCAAAUCUACCUUUGGAAGAGGAUACCUUUGAGGUGCAUUUUUUGGAGCUUAGACCUUGGCAAUUAUCUUUUGAUGGUUCAAAAACAGACAAUGGAGUUGGGGCAAGUGUUGUCUUGACAUCUCCGAAAGGAGAAAUGUUGCAGUUUUCUUUCCAACUCGAUGAGAGUAGAGUUCUGACAAAUAAUCAAGCAGAAUAUGAGGCCUUAAUCAUAGGCUUGGAAAUAGCAAAAGAUUUGAAUAUACGAUAUCUGAAAGUCUCUGGGGAUUCUCAAUUGAUCAUUCGACAAGUUACAGGUCAUUAUAGGUGCAAUCACCCCUUAUUGAGUUUGCAGCUUGAGAAAGUUCAACGUCUUGCUCGAAACUUUGAUGAAAUAUGUUUUCAGCAUAUUUUGAGACUUCAAAAUAGCGAAGCCAAUCAAAUGGCUCAAGCAGCUUUAGGAGUUGAAAUUCCUUAA